AUGUCAUACCUAUCAUCGCUAGUAUCAACCCUAUCACUCGGCUACUACGACAACAAUGCCAGUGCUGAAACCAAGAUAUCAAUCCAAUCUCCAAACCUCAAAAACAAUGGAGAUACCAUCGAAUCCUCAUAUCAAUAUCGUCGCAACAAAAUCUCAAAAAACGGUAACCACAUUACAGUAACCCCGGAAGUGCACGACUACCGUUUCCGUACCGUACUCAAACCUCGACGUACUGGAAUCAUGCUGGUUGGUCUCGGUGGAAACAAUGGUACCGCUCUGUUUGGUGCCAUCACUGCCAACCGAGAAAAGAUGGAAUGGCGCCAAAGAAACGGUAUUCAACAAGCGAAUUACUUUGGUUCUGUAACCCAAUCCAGUACCGUACACCUUGGAUUUGAUGGUCAGGAACAGGUUCAUGUUCCCUUCAACGCUCUGUUGCCCAUGGUGAAUCCGAAUGAGUUGGUGGUUGAUGGCUGGGACAUCAGUGGUGCCAAUCUUUAUGAAGCGGCUUUGAGAGCACGAGUUUUCGAACCAGAAUUGUUAGACAAGUUGAAGCCUCACAUGGAGAAUGUAAAGCCAAAACCGUCAAUUUACUAUCCUGAUUUCAUUGCUUCGAAUCAAAGGGAUCGUGCUGACAACUUAGUAGCUGGUGAUAACAAACAACAACAUCUGGAGCACGUUCGGAACGAUAUUAGAAGAUUCAGAGAAGAAAAUGGGCUUGGUAAGUCAAGAAAGAGUUAUGAUAACCUACGUAGUCUGACAAACACCAUAGUAAAAACGUAGCGAAAGUGUAAAACAUUGCACAAGAUCAUAAUAAUCUUUCUUCGUACUUUACCUUUAUUUUUUGACAUUUAAGUCCUCAAAAACCCCUUUAUCAACUGAUAAGCUGAUAAAAUCCUUUCAGAAACCGUAAUCGUUCUCUGGACAGCCAAUACCGAACGCUACACGGACGUGAAGCCAGGCCUAAACCAAACGGCCGACGAUCUUCUUAAUUCGAUCCAAUCCAACGCUUCAGAAAUCUCCCCAUCAAACAUUUUCGCCGUAGCCGCGAUUCUAGAAGGCGCUCAUUACAUCAACGGAUCUCCCCAAAACACCCUCGUUCCUGGUGUUAUUGAAUUGGCAGAACGAAAGAAGGUUUUUGUCGGUGGAGAUGACUUUAAAAGUGGUCAGACCAAACUCAAGUCGGCUUUGGUGGACUUCAUGGUCAGUUCUGGGAUCAAACCAGAAUCCAUCGUAUCGUACAAUCAUUUGGGCAACAAUGACGGCAAGAACUUGAGUGAAGAGCGACAGUUUAGGUAAGAUGACAUGUUUUGAAGCUUGUUUUUGAAGAGUAUACGAUAAAAACUAAUAAAUGUCUUCCACGUAUAUCUACUAUAAGAUAACAAAUUCUAUAUUUUGAAAACCUCACUAUGAAUUUCCUGCUUUUUGGGCUUCAAAAGACCUUAUAUUAACAACAAUAUCCCCUUUCAGAUCCAAAGAAAUCUCCAAGUCCUCAGUAGUCGAUGACAUGGUAGCUGCCAACAAGACCCUAUACCCAGAUGGCAAGAAGCCGGACCAUGUUAUUGUCAUCAAGUACGUACCGUACGUUGGAGACAGUAAACGUGCUAUGGACGAGUACAUUUCUAGUAUCUUUAUGGGAGGACAACAGACUCUUGUUAUCCAUAACACAUGUGAAGACUCGCUUUUGGCUGCGCCGCUUAUUCUUGACUUGAUCAUUAUGACCGAGUUGUUUUCACGGAUUACGGUGAGUUAUUAAAGCCGCGCCAUUCUUUUUGAAGCAAGCUUUUAAACUUCUUUCCAAAAACUUUUCACUCAAAUAUUAUCCACAUUUUCAGUACUCAAACUCUGCGACAAGCCCCGAAUUCGAGACGUUCCAUCCAGUUUUGGGCCUUCUAGCACUAUUUCUAAAAGCGCCAGUAGUACCAUCAGGUACACCCGUAGGCAAUGCCUUUAUGAAGCAAAUCACGGCCCUCACAAAGCUGCUAACAAUCGCUUCUGGAUGUGCAUCUGACAAUGAAUUACAGCUCGAGUUCUUCACCAAACUCUAA